UAUUGGCCCUCCAAAUGUGACCAUCAGAAGUAGUUGAACUGUUGCAAUGUGUUGCAGGUUUCAAUGCUGUCAAGUUGACUUCUGACGAGGAAAGCUCCAUGGGUGUGGAGAAGUCAGAAGAGGCUCUUGCAGUGAACACUUACACCAGCAGGAGGGGACUCGAGCCACACAGGGACUAUGGAUAUCACAAAGCAGAUAAUAGUCUUCGAGUCUCCAAUCCAGAGAAGGGAAGAAAACGGCAGCAGAAUUCCAGCAGGGAUCACGAGGCAUCACGCAAAGUUCGAAGCUGCUCAAAGAUAAUGAGCCUGAAGGAAACUGCAAAUGUCAAUGGUUCGUACUCUUCUGAUAUCUUUUCAUGGAAGCAAAGCCAGAGGUUGAUAAGGAAGUUGCUCGGACCACCCCCCAUGCCUCCAAAGAGUCCAACCACUACACAUGACACAGAAGACAGGAAAAGUAAAUAUCUUUCAGAUGAGCAAGUCAAAAAUCCCAUGGAAGGUGCAAGAUCAACACCAUUUGUAAAGAGCCCGAGGCGAAGACUUUAUUUUGCAAACGAGGAUGAAAAACAUUGUAAUUCCAUGAAAAUAGGAUCAUUGGACGCUGUACAGCCACGUCUAGAAUCCAUGCAGGUAAAUAUAUCCUUGGAGGGUUCACAGUUGAAACAGACAGCUGCAAUUAACCUAGACAUUCCUUGGAAGAUGGGAGAUGGUGGUGAAAGCCUUGAGGGAAAGUCUGGAGAAGAUGGUCAGAAGAGCCUCGUGACUCCUAAGGGACACAAACGGCUUUUAUCUCCUGAAGAUGAGCAAGGUGGCCCAAACCGUUGGAGCAGCAGCUCGCCAACCACCGAUAGUGUUAUGAAACCGAAACAUCAUUUAGGAGCCAAGAAACGACCUUUGUUUCCAAGGUGUAGAGCAAGUUCCUCCAGCCCACUGCAGAACAAAGCAAAGAUGGAAGGCCAUACACAAUUCCCUGUGGCCCGGAGUUACAACACGGAUGAGGUCCGUGAGUACAUGACCAGGCAGAUGGCCAAGCACAAAAGGAAGGAGAGUGAAAGGAAACGGUCAGCAAGACAGGCCAUGGAGGUGAAGAAGAAGAGACUGCAGGAAGUCUACCGGAAACAGAAGGAGGCUGUCUCCAAGCAGAGGAGAUGGAAGCAGCGAGGCUCUCUGCCUGCUCAACACUUUGUGGACGGGUGUCUGGAUUCUACAAAGCCAGGGAAGAAUUUGGGGUCGGCUCCAUUGAUAACAGAUUGGGCAGCAACAAAGGACAGGCCAGAGUCUGGACACUUGGAGGAGAGUGAGUCAAGCCAACAGGAGCUGCACUAUCUCAUGAGGCCAUUUCACAACUCACAGCCUGGACAGUGCAGCCCUCUGAAAGUUCAAGACCUGGAAUCACAUUGUUCACCAAAGCCUCCAUCCUUUCCACUGCUCACUAAUCGGCCCCUUGCAACACGGGAGCAGGAAGCGAGUGACAACAUCACCUCCCACUCGGCCUUAGAGUACAGGAACAAGCAGCAGCGCCUGGAGGCCCUUCGAUCCAUGGCCAAUGCCCUCAGCGGCCGAAUUGAGGAUGAAGUGAAGAGAUUGGGUGUGGAGAGAGGGAGUCUGUCAGGUCCAGGAACAUGCGGCAAUGACCAAUGGAGCGGAGGUGGCUUGGUUAGACCUGUGGGACCUGAUGCCGCAGUGACGUUGGCUAGUUACCAUGACCAUGGAAUGGAAUGGCAGAGUGUCCCAAAUGCUUGCCUGGUCACAUCACCGAGCGUGCCGACUGACUUCAGUCUCCUGCCCAAAUCUCCGCACAAGAGUGGAGGCCCAGUAGAAGCUGAGAGAUCACAUAACAGGUGUGCUGGGACUGGAAGUGACCUGGAAGUCAAGGCACUGGUGGACGACCUGCUGCACAGUCCCUCGUCUCAGAGUGGUGACUUCCUGUGGAGUGACUCUGAACCUUCAACAGAACGUGAACUGGUCUGCAAACCCAAUGGGUCAAGUAAAUGGCUGCUGGAUGCAGAGAAAGGGUUGGGAGAAAUGUGCGAUGAUGCUCUGGGGACCUUCCGUCAAGGAGACCAUCAGCUGGAACGGAAAGCGUGUGUGGAUGGAACUACUACUGAUGCACACCAACCUGAGACCAUGUUCCUGGGCAGAAGGAGAACUUGUGAAACAAGCAAAAUGCAAGGUGGCAACAAAUCCCUCUUGUUGCAGAGGAGUAGGAGAUUGGGUUCACACAGGUCACCAUCCAGGAUAAUGCCCAUCUCACCUCCAAGGGUCAAGCAGCCUGGCAGAGAGGAGGAGUCUGCUAAUGUUGAACACAGCCAUAAUUACCAGACGACUCGCUCCCCUAGAAGCUAUGGUCUCUCCACUCGGAGUGGAAAGGUAAGACUUUCCUCAUUAAUGGCUCUGAUUGUGCUUAAAGUACACAUUCCACAUUAGGAGUGAACCU